AUGCAGUGCCCCGAAUGUGGAUGCACGGACUUGAAAGAUACUUUUAAAUAUUGCCCAGAAUGUCGUUCUCCUCUGCAUCACGGUGAAAGAAUUCUACGUGGCCAGAGAAAAGUUCCAAAUGCGACAGUGGAGCAGCCGCGAAGCGAUGCUUCGGCAAGAGGACACGACUUCGGAAAAGCGAAAGAACACGUUGAAGGUGAUGGGCAAAAUCAGCAGUGCCUGCUUUCAUACAGAGAUGAGCAUGGGACCUUGUUAAGACAACAAACACAGCCUACGAUUCACUCGGGUCAGCCAGACAUCGAGGGUGGUUCCACCUUAGUUGAUCGGUCAACAGAGAGCGAGAGUAAGUCACUGGAAAGCCAUCGUCAUUCGGCGAACUUCCCACCAACCUCCCCGUCGCCGACAACCUUGCCUACUGUGAGAGACAGAGGUCUGCCCCAUCGAGCCGGCGCUUCCACCCCUUACAGUAAAGAAUCGUCGGGUUCAGAGGAUAAACCAGGUAAUACAAAGUCAGCAGCAACACAGCGUGGAAAGCAGCCGGAUUUUGUCGAUAAUGUUGGUUUAAAUAAAGGAUCUACUGAGAGACAUGACAGUCAAAAUUUCAAGAAAGAUGACAUCUCUGGUGGUGAAAGCGUGAGAAGCCCAGCAGAACUUGGUCAAGGUGACGUUGAUACUGAUCAGACCGGAAGUUAUGAUGGAGUUAAUGACACAAAGAAAGAAGUCAGACAGUCAAAGAAAUCAUCAAAUCAUGGCCAGAUGACCUCAGCCAACCAGAAACAAACGGGUAACGAGAAGGAAGCAGAUAAGAAAGCUGACGGAAACGUCACUGAAAAUUCUCAGAAACCUAAGGUGCAACCCCCGUUCAAUUCAAAAUCUCAAAAAGGUGCCGGAACCAAGUCCGCUGAGGUACAAGGUAAAAAAGGUGAAAAGACUUCAAGUCAAAGUUCACAGUCGUCCAAGAGUAGAACUGAACAAUUUAAAGGCGAUAAAGUCGAAACUGACACUCAUGUUAGAUCACCUUCUGGAGGAAGAGAACCUGUCUCAAAAGAUCCACUUGAAGGCACAGGGAACGUAAGUAAUGGCAAAAAAAAGGGGCUGCCAGAGUCGGAAAUGAAAGGAAUAAGAAGUCUUCUCGGCUUAGUUCUUAAGUUAUUACAGUUUCCAAAGCUAGUGGAUUAUCACGACUCAGCUCGAAAUGUUUUGGCAGUGAUCGUACAGGGGAGAAAAGCCUCAAAGAUUUCCAACAAUGGAACCCAAAUUUUGAGUAGGGGAAAAGUUGGGAGCCCCACUCAGGUCAAGAGUGGUGCCGAAAGAAAAGAACUUGGUUCGAGAGAUCCUUUCAAUGAUACAGGAAACACUGGUGAUGGUAAAGAAGGUGCUAAGGGCGCCGCCAACACCUUGAAACUGGUUGAACCAGAGAAUGGAGUCACCGUAAUCUUCCAUGUCGUAUUAGCGUCUAACUUAAACGUGGAAGAAGAAAAUGUGCAUAUUCGAGCAGAAGGAGAAGAUUUGGGAUCCUUUGAGAUAAACUGUGUUGAUAUGAAAUUAGUAAGGGGUGACAAAGGCAAAGACAGAAAGGAGCCUAAGCUCUUCCAAGGACAGUUCACUCUCACCAUUGACCUAGCUCGGAAGGGAACCAAGUACAAGUAUGUGAUAAUCAAGAAAAAGGUUGUUCUAUGGGAAGAACUGAUAGAGUUUAAAUCACGUUAUGGUGGAGCCAUAGUCGAUCGAUUUCUCUCUAUACCAGAAAAAUACCUGGAACGUGGCGCAACAUGGCACCAGUUCGACGGAGUAAGUUACAUUUACACUGAGAAGGGCUGGUGGGACUCAUUUAAAGGAUGGUUUCGGUCUGAACAAACAGCGCAAAAUCGCACAACUGCACUUCUCGCCUGCUUACCAAAGUGGAGAGGCUUUGUUGUUGGUAAGUGCGAGGAAAAAAUGAAGGCAACAGAAGCAAUUGUGAAGUUGGACAAAGUCGUAGAUUGCCUUACCAACGUUUGCAUUCAGUUUUCAAGCGAAAAACCUGAGAGAAGGAAACCACCAGAUUUCAAUAUUGACAAGGUUUUAAUGGACCACUUGGAGCCAAAAAUGAAGGAAAAUGCAACUACUACAGCCCAGAGUGACGUGCGAGUAGAAGCUCGAGCUUCAGCAUUGGUGUCAUCCUUAGCGAUUGUUCUGAUCUUCAAACAGUACAAAAUAAGGCUUCGGAGGGAACUUGUGUUGUCACUUUUGAGAUGUUUAUCGCUGGCAGCAGAUCCAGGAAGGCAAAAAUGCGCGCUUUAUGAAGCAGUUCUGGAAAAUUUCAGUGGAGGACUGAGAAAACGCGCUGCUAUAGGGAUUGAGGAACUGUGUAACCAAAUUAUGGCGGAACAUUGGAAAUCAGAAGCUGACACGUGGCUACUUGCUGUACCGCUGUUACAUUUCUUGAGGGGAGAUUCUAAGCCAUUUGAAGAACCUGGUAUUGAAGGAUCGUACCACAAACUUGAUUGGGUUGGAGCUCAGGGACUGAAAAUAAAAGAAUUUCAAAGAUCAGCUGAAAACUUAAAUUUGCCAGAACUGUUGUCCAGACUUGGUUCAGCCUUUGAGGUCGAUCUUUUACUAAAAAGGACAUUUCUCCACGCUAUUCCUGUUGGGGAACUAAACAAGGUUGUUGCUUCAAAAUUGUUCCAAAUUUUCGACAUUUUGGUGGCCCUAGUAACAUGCUGUUCCCGUGAAUACGUGCCAUCAACCAAGUGGGCAGAUGUUUUUCAGUGUAUAAGACUGAUGAUUAUUCAGUAUAACUGGGAAAAAGAAUCAACUUGCACUGACCUUAAAAAGGUUGAGUUUACAGUUUCAUUGUGUCUACAACUGGUUGAAGUCUUCCUAAAAAAGUUGAAGAUUUGGGAUCACGUGGAACUGAUCUGCCAUACAAUCAAGCUGCUUUUUACAUGUAUUAGAAAGCAGCGACGGGAAUUGGAAGAGAAGCCUGACCAAGAAAAGGGCCAGUUAAACGAGAGAAAAACUAUCGACAGGCUACUAAGGAGCCUGAGAGACAGCUUGUCACGUAAUCUCUCUUACACUAUGUCUUAUCAUCACAAGAGUGAACAUCUAGCCAGAGAACUUACGUUAUGGAGCGAGUUGCUUUCGGUUGCGGAUGAAAAUCAAGGAUUUACUACUUAUAGGAAGUUUUUGAUAAAUGAGCUGCUGAGUCGAGCAAGAAAGUUGGAAGGGGCGUAUUUGGUUGAAAUUUUUUGCGAAGUAGAAAUGGAUGCAUAUGAAAGAGCUGUUGGAGAAUCUUUUUCUAACCUUGCCUUUGAAGCAGUGGAAAAGAUUAUUAGCUCAGCAAGAAGUGGAGACGACAUACGUAUUUUUAACCACCUGUCAAAUUCAAAAGCAGAAAAAUCCGGGCAGCUUUUGUCCAUUUUUCUGACACAGUCGUGGCCAAAAGGUGGAGAGCAAUCAGACACACGUGAAUUGGACCCUCUAAGGGUGGAAUUUCUUCUCACCUGGAAGCCAAUGACUGGAUACCUCAAGUUCACCAGUAAUCCUCAAGUUUUGGGAGAUGAGUCUGGAAGGGGUGGUAUACUUUCGGAUGAUUGUAAGGAGACCUUAUUUUUGGCCAAAUCCUUAUUAGAUGCUCUUUUUAGAGUCAUAUCAGAUGGCUCAGUAACAUUUCAAGUGUUGCUCCUUCUUCAAAGGCACAAGGAAACGUUUUUGGAGCUCUUGAAGACGAGUGCUGCAGAGAUCAAAGAUGCUGAAAUUAGCCUGGAUCACCGAUUAGAAGAAAUCCAGGAAUUUUUGGAAAUGAAAAAAAAUUUGGGCACAUUUAUUGGAAUGUGUGAUGUGAUCCAGCCAGUCGAUUCAACCAACCUCAGGAAUAAAGUGCCUCAGGAUGUUUCAUCUUUCCAGAUUCGAGGCUUGUGCAAACGGGAAGACGACAACCAAAUCGAAGUCACUUUCUUUAAACUUCCUCCGGCCUUAAAGGAGGUACUUUCCACACUUGGAAGAGUCCAAGAAAGCUUAACGUUCCAAAAACUUUGGGAAAAAUAUGGGAAUAAGGCGCAAAGAGCCAGGGAAAAUGAUGAUACACGCAAAAGACAGCUCAGUAUUUGUGAUGUUGUUGAAAAUGUUUGGAAACCAGCUAUUACAAGCUGGACCCAAAAUGUUGCUAGUGUCAAGGAUGGCACAAUUUCUCUUGGAAAUGUUGACAGGCUAUUUGACAGCUACAAAAACCGCGAAAAGGAACUCGAGGGAGAGUUAUUCUACAUGUUUAAAGUGAACGCCGGCCAAACUGUCAGCAACGCCAGAGAACUAAAGAAAAUUGUUGAAGAGCGACUUGCUCAAAUUCAACGUUACCAACAUCUUCAUCAGUACUCCAGUGCAGCUGACACCGUCUGGGAGUUUAAGGAGGCAAUGGGUUUUACCGGGGACUUCAAAGUUAUCGAAGAUCUACGUAAUCAGCUAUCAGAAGAGUUCAAGCAGAAGCCCUUAACCAGCGUCGGGGAAAGCUUUUCAAAGGCCGGUCAAGCUCUUCAAUGUUUGGAUGUUGAUAAGGCUCGGUGCUUCAAAGCAGUGGUAGACAGUAGACGGCUGGUGGAGUGGCUACGUUCUACCAUCAAAUCCACCCAAGAGCUAAAGGUUCUUGUUGACCUGGCCUUGAUCUCUGCUGGUGAAAGCGAUAUGGAAACUGAUCGUAUAUCCAGUCUGCAUACCAGCUGCCUAGGUUUUGCUCCUCUGAUAUUUGACGUCAAAGAGAGUGAAGAACAAAAAGUGAGCUUUGAUCAACUGAUGAACGCCUGUGAUCCUGUAUGGAAAGCAGUCGAGACGGAUCAGAUGUUACCCAAAAAACUGUACGACACUAGCAGACAUCUGGAGUGGCUAAAAACUGUUAAAGAGUCUCAUGGCUCGGUUGCUAUGACGUCAUUAGUGCAGGCUAAGACGAUCAACUCCAGUGGUGUAUAUCUUGUGGGCCAUUUGGAUAACGAAAAGGGUCUGUCACCAGAACAAGGAAAACGAUUUUCAUUCAAAGAUGUUAUCCGACUGACGGUUCCCCUUAAAGAUCGAAGUGAAAAGGAACAGAGAAAAACUUAUUCUAUUGACGAACUAAAGGAUUUGCAGAGUAAACUAAUGUUGAUCGCAGGAAAGGCUGAAAAAGGGAAGGAUGAUGUGGAGCAGUUCGUUAGGAAUCUUGAAGGUGUCAUGCGUUUAGCAACUGCAUACAUCGACCUCUUUGAAUCUGGUUACAUUCAUCGUAUGAAUUGGAGCCAAGAAUAUCACUGUAGCAAAGAUCAAGUUGCGGGCGAGUCUAUCGCGGAGGAAUUGAAUGAGGAAAGCUCCCUCAUGGAAACGUGUUACAAGAAUUGGAAGAAGAAGGUCAGUGAUGCAAGGAAGGAGUAUAGAGAAUUGAACUUCUUCACCACGCAGCAAUUGAUGACACUGAGAAAAGAAAUCGCCACAGUUUGCCACAGUAACAACCUCGCUAUGAGCAACAUUCAAGUACUCACUUUGCUGGAAAGUGUUCGUCCCAGUUUGACCAGCGAACAGUUAAAAUCAGCAAUAGAGCGUGCUUUUAAGGCCACAAAAUUACUCGAGAACGCCAGAGGAGCAGCGGAGCUACCUUCGUUCACUCACGUUCCUUCAGACGACGAAAUGGUGACUCGUAGGACAAUGUUUGACAACAACAACUACGUGGGCACGAGUUCCUCAACAGCAACCAGCACGUGUCAAGUACAAACUGCAUCUGUCAAGAAACCGAAGCCAAAGGAAACAUCGAAGAUUCAAAGUUUCUUGAAUGCAGCUGCAGAUGAUGGUUAUUCGGAGCAGAUUGCGUUAGCUGCUUUGGCGAGGCUAGGUGUUGAUGCAGAAGAAGACGACUUACUGUUGUGGUGUCUAGAAGAAGCCGAUGAGGCUGACAUCGAGGCUCUUUACGAAGAUGCGAAGCAAAAUCCUAUGAUUGCCCGAGAAAUCUUUCCAGAG